AUAAGGAGUAGCUUGCUGGCUUUGAACACGUGGUGAAUAUUUCAGAAAGCUUCAAGAUAAAGUUGGGGAAGGAACAGUUAUUCUUCCAAAUUCAUCUGCUUCAAGUGUUAUUCUCAUUGGGAAUGGACAAUGGAAUGCUCUCUAGCUUUAUCAUGAUCAAAAACCUCCUCCUCUGUUAUGUUUCCUUGAACUUUGCCAGUCAUUUUGGCUUUUCACAAAUGCCAACCAAUUCUGUCAAACCUGAGACCAAGGACAACAUCACCAUAUUUACCAGGAUCUUGGAUGGGCUCUUGGACGGCUACGACAACCGACUGCGGCCUGGCCUUGGGGAGCGAAUUACUCAGGUGAGGACUGACAUCUACGUUACCAGCUUCGGCCCCGUGUCGGACACGGAAAUGGAAUAUACCAUAGAUGUGUUUUUCCGACAAAGCUGGAAAGAUGAGAGACUUCAAUUCAAAGGGCCAAUGCAGCGCCUCCCUCUUAACAACCUUCUUGCAAGCAAAAUCUGGACCCCAGAUACUUUCUUUCACAAUGGGAAGAAAUCCAUUGCGCACAACAUGACCACGCCCAACAAGCUGCUGCGGCUGGAGGAUGAUGGCACACUGCUCUACACCAUGCGCUUGACUAUCUCUGCUGAGUGCCCAAUGCAACUUGAAGACUUCCCAAUGGAUGCCCAUGCUUGCCCUCUGAAGUUUGGCAGCUAUGCAUACCCUAAUUCUGAAGUAGUCUAUGUCUGGACCCACGAGAGUGCCAAGUCUGUGGUGGUGGCAGAAGACGGCUCCAGACUUAACCAGUACCACCUAAUGGGGCAGACAGUAGGCACGGAGAACAUCAGCACCAGCACUGGUGAAUACACAAUUAUGACAGCACAUUUCCAUUUGAAGAGGAAGAUUGGGUACUUUGUCAUCCAGACCUACCUUCCCUGCAUCAUGACAGUGAUCUUAUCUCAGGUGUCUUUCUGGCUGAAUCGGGAGUCAGUUCCUGCGAGGACAGUCUUUGGGGUGACCACAGUGCUGACAAUGACCACCCUCAGCAUCAGUGCUCGGAACUCUCUGCCUAAAGUGGCUUAUGCUACAGCCAUGGACUGGUUCAUAGCUGUGUGCUAUGCCUUUGUGUUCUCUGCCCUGAUUGAAUUUGCCACUGUCAACUAUUUUACAAAAAGAGGCUGGGCCUGGGAUGGCAAAAAGACACUGGAAUUGGCCAAGAUCAAGAAAAAGGAGCGUGAAUUAAUACUAAAUAAAUCAACAAAUGAUUAUACAACUGGGAAGAUGGCCUAUCCCCCAAACGUUCCAAAAGAAGAGACCCUAGCAGGGGCCUCAAAUGCACCUUCCGUCUCAGGAAAGCCUCCGGGAGGAAAGACCUCUGAAAGCAGAAAGACUUACAACAGCAUCAGCAAGAUUGACAAAAUGUCUCGACUUGUAUUCCCACUGCUCUUUGGCACUUUCAACUUAGUUUACUGGGCAACCUAUUUGAAUAGGGAGCCGGUGAUUAAAGGAGCUGCCUCUCCAAAAUAGAUCUCUGGAUUCCCAGUCUCCACGAGAGCCAUGAUUCCAGAAGGACGGUGCCAAGGACAAGUUGUGACCAAAAGGACUUCUGUAUUAGGGCAAUGUCUUUCAGGAAAUUUGGCAUGUUUAGUGAUAUGUACAAAUCGUAUUACCUUGAUUAUUUCUAUAUAUAACCUCAGAGACUUCAAAGAUGUCAUCUUGAUAAAUAAAGCAAGCUUUCUAGAAAAAAGACAGUGAUUCUGGCAUUAAGAUGAUCAAUAACCUAUUCUGAUAGCUUACAAAUUAGACAAGUACAUUUUUAACUGUUCCGAGUGUUGUCUAACAGUUUGUUUUAUACUUUAAAUGACAUUUCAUAGAAAUUUUCCCAGAAGAAAAUAUUUUAGGAAAUUCUCCAUGAUUAUUACCUGGCAAAAGAUUGCAAGACAAAUAUUACAAAGAAUUCAUUUUCCAUUAAAAGCUCUGAUGACACUUAUGUACAAAAUUAAUUGCCUUUAAUAAUUCUUACUGUUCUUAAAUUAGAAAAUGUACUGCAUGAUAUUACAUUAAGAAAAAAAGUUAGUCAAGUAUGUUUGCAGACACAUUUAAUGACAGAUAAAACUGGUAUAUUAGAUAACCAUUUUUAUCCUCAUGGGAAAGAUGAAAUCCUUAAGUCUUUUUCCUUUUUUUCUGCCCACUCCCUACCACUCAUUAACUAAACCCAACAGUCUGGGGAGUGAUUGAGCCUAUCUGGAAUGUUAUGGUGCCCUCUCUGAGACCAAGCAGUAUUUGGGUGGUGAGACAUCAUGAAGAGUUAUUUUCCAUUUUAUUUCCUUGUAUAUGUUCCAUGAUUGACCUAUUACUUCGUCAGCUUUUGUAUAUGAAACUUAAAUGUUCAUUAAAUCAUAAAAAUGUACCUAACCUUGUUGGCAUAUUUCAUUUAAAAAAUUGUAUUGGUGGACAUUGUACUGGUGAACAUGACCUAGAGAAGAAGAAAAAUAAAGAUACAAAGCCUUGGAAACUGUAA